AUGACUACUCCUCAAAUUCAUCCCAGUCAUUUCAAUGGCCAUUUCUGGUUCGGUACCAACAAUGACACUCUCGAUAGUGUCGCCAAUGGCAGCACCAGCCCAGCAGCGGAUAAACCUAGGUUUUUGCCCCCAAACAUGACGUACGGCUCAUUCGCCGGCUUCUCGAAACAAAUCACGUCUGUAGUUGGAAAUGAAAAUUUCCAGAUUAUAACCUCUUCAAUGGACUUACAAGGUUAUGAGGAUGAUGAUUUCGGCCGCAACUGCCGCACACAUGAUUAUUACCGUUCGUUCGAUGACGAGACAGAACUGGUCGGUUCUGCUAUAUGUCACCCGAGAAAUGUACAGGAUAUCCAAGCAAUCUUAGCCGCAUGCAAUGACUACAAGAUGCCUGUGUGGCCGAUAAGUACGGGUAGAAACCUCGCUUAUGGCGGUUCGGCUCCAAGGGUACCUGGGUCAUUGGUUAUGGUUCUGAGCACGCAUAUGAAUCGCAUCAUACACCUCGACACAACCGCGUGUGUGUGUAUCGUUGAACCUGGAGUUACAUUUAUGCAAAUGAGUGAAUAUCUGCGCGAUCAUGGCUUGCUGGACAAGAUUCGUGUGGACUCCUCUGGACUCGGCUGGGGCUCUAUGAUCGGCAACGCUUUGGACCGUGGAGGAGGUGCCUCAUUAUACGGUGAUCGAUGGGGAAAACAUAGCGGUAUGGAGGUGGUCUUGCCGAACGGUGAGGUGGUCAGGAUGGGCAUGGGUGCGAUCCAGGAUCCUCAAGGACGAAAAGAGGCGGCGAAGGAUGUACACCCUGCUGACCAAAAGUUGAACGAGUGCUUUGCCCUAUUCCCAUAUGGCUGGGGUCCAAUGAACGAUGGUAUUUUCUCGCAGGGAAACAGCGGGAUUGUCACGAAGAUGGGCUUCUGGUUGAUGCCUGCCCCCCAGGGAAUGACGCCUUUCUCCGUUACCUUUGAAAAAGAAUCUGAUCUAAAAGCACUCAUUGAUGCCAUCCAGCCUCUUGAUUUGAAUGGUACCUUGCAAAGCUCUGUCAGCUUGCGCAACCUAACGCUCGAGGCUGCUCACUACGGCCCUCGUUCCAGCUAUACCAAAGCUUCCCACAAAGAGUUGAUUCCAGAGGAGGAUUUCGAGAAGAUGGCCAAGAAGCUAAACACUGGCCGCUGGCGGUACAUUGGGGCUGUUUUUGGCUCCGACAAGGUUCGUGAGGCUCUCAUUGACGAUAUCAAAACGGAAAUGACGAAAGUCCCCGGCAGUAAGUGGGCUACACUCGACGAUGACCCGGACGAGCAGAAUCUGGUUCGUGUUCGUGCCACAUACCUUCAGGGAAUCUCAUCCAUGGGAGAGUUCGCAUGGAUGAAGCAAUGGCUGCCAAAUUGCUCUGUUAUUAUGGUCGCUGCAAUCUCCAGACUCGAGGGGGCAGCUGUGUGGGAGCAAUACUCGCUGGCGAAAGAGUUAUUUGCCGAGGCUGGCAUUGACUAUAUCAGUCAUUACGUCGCAUAUUUCCGCACUAUGCACAAUGUGUGUAUCAUUCCCUAUGAUCGCAAGGAUAAGGACAUGCGCGGUCGUGCACAGUGGCUGGCCCGUACUCUCUUAAAAGAGUGGAAGGACCGUGGUUGGAGCGUCUUCCGAACUCACGUAGGCCUCAUGGACCAGGUCGCCGACGCUUAUGACUUCAAUAAGGGUGCCCUCUGGAAAAUGCAUGAGCAAAUCCACGAUACGCUCGACCCUAACGGCAUUCUUGCUCCUGGAAGAGGUGGUGUAUGGCCGAGCUCUUACAACAAGAACGACUGGUUGAUGGGGAAGAAGUACAUUGGAUAA